CACAUUUCCGUUUGUUGUGUGUUGAUACUGGCUGAGAACGCUGGAAUGGCGCUACACUGCCUGGAACAAUAACACAUAGCGUCGAAUUUUGUUUUCAUAUUUAAACAGAAGAUGGAGAAAUAACUAAAAGCUUUAAAAAUAAAAGUUAAACAGACGUACUGGAAACUUAUGUCUUGACAGCUGUUACUCAACAUAGAAUGAAUCAGUAUCAGCAGCAGCCCGGACGAUCCAACCUGUACAGCACUGUGAAAGCUGAGAACUCGUCCACUCCACCUAUCGCCACCACCAUGGCCAAUAGUACAGCUGUACCAGGAAAGGUUCUGAGCACCCCAGGGCCUGCUGGAAGAGUGAGUCCUGAAGAAAAACAGGUUCUUAGUAAGAAGAAACUGCAAGAUCUUGUGCGAGAAAUUGAUCCUAAUGAGCAGCUUGAUGAGGAUGUUGAAGAGAUGUUGCUGCAGGUUGCUGAUGAUUUUAUAGAAAGCGUGGUAACUGCUGCUUGCCAGCUCGCUCGCCACCGGAAAUCCAACACCCUGGAAGUGAAAGAUGUUCAGCUGCACCUUGAGCGUCAGUGGAACAUGUGGAUCCCUGGUUUUGGCUCUGAUGAAAUCCGACCGUACAAAAAGGCGUGCACCACUGAAGCGCACAAACAGCGAAUGGCACUGAUCCGCAAGACGACCAAAAAGUAGCAAAAUGUAAAAGACUGCCUCUUUUUUCAGCUCUGAAGACAAAGUGACUUUUUGAAAUGUCCCCAGACAUCAGAAUCAUUUGCCCCCGAACUGUUGCUCAAUAUGUCUCUUUUUCUCUUUCACACAUUGUCACCCAGUGUCACUGCUUAUUUAUUUUCUGAUUACAGCAGGUUGAGCCUCUUAUUCCUUUCAAGAGAGUCAUAAGCAGUCAUUAUCAAUUUAAUAAUUUUCUUUUAAGUGGUGAACAGGAUUACUGGGCGUGAUGUUAUAGUUGCCCUUGUUAUUAAAUAAACAUAAAUGUUGCCUUCAGAGAUCAUUUCUAUGUAUAGUUUGUACUUGGGCAUUACGUAAAAAGGAGACAAUGCUUGAGCUUGUAAAUCAUUUCAUACCAGAACUGUGCAGAGAUUUUAAUUGUUUUGCAUCAGGUAUGUGUUGCUUUGUGUACGACUCUUAUCCGCUCUUUUAUUGUCUCGUAAGCAUGUAAA